CCACCGGGACGCGGCCGACUGCUGUGCUGGCUGGGUUAGCUAACACCACCAAGAGGGAGACCCUUCGCCAGGGUAGAGCGGAUUCCAUUCACGAGAGAGAGUUGCGGCUCGGCUCCAUGGACUUCAGUGAGCUACGGUACACUAUGGGGCCACUUGAGAAUGACGAAGGAGUGCACUCGCCUGUCAGGCGAACGAAGAUGUUCCUGGCGGAGGACGAAGGGGAGGACAGCGACGACGAAGAAGCACCACGCCAGAUGCCUCGACGUUUGGGGGAAGGGCGAGGAUGGGGCGCUGACGAAGAAGACAAUUACGUGGACGUCGAGGAUUCGGAUGAAGAGUUUCACCGCGACGGGGAGAGUCUCAGCGAGUUGCAUGAUCGAGUCAGAGAAUUUGGUGAUAUCCAGGACAACACGCCCGCCAAUGAUGCAGCCAGGGGCAUGCGGACCCUUCUCGUGGGCGGACUCCAUGGGGACACAAAUCGCGUGGUGGCGGCGGUGCACAAGAGAGGGGACGCCCUCUUCAAUGGGCGCCUCGACUGGCUUGGGGAGCUUUGGGCGGUAGUGAAGGGUCUUCAGCCUACCGCGGACUUGAUUUUAGCGCGUUGGAAGGGUCACGUGGACGGGACGGCGGCCGUGAGCCACCGUAAGGCUGACACUAAGGCGGCGACAGCGUUCACCUUGGCUCGCUUCGCUGACUGGCCAGGAAGACUGCAAGCCUGGAUAGACCACCCGGAUGUCCUGGAGCGCGGGUUCAAGAUGUACCCAACGAAGAAGGCGUUGCACUAUCUUUCCUGUAUCAUCAACCAGGUGGCGCAGGAGCUAUACAACUUCUUGGUGGAAGAGCGGAAGAGGGCCAACGCCAUCAAGGUGUUGUACCCGAGCACCCAGUAUUUAAUUUCCCAGUCGCGGGGGCAGGUCCUGUACUACGUCUGCGGCUGGAUGGCGAGUAGGGCUUGGACGCACCAAAGAAGGCGCAACCUUUCCCCGGACUGGUAUAGGAUCGUAGAGCACAACACCUACCAGUCCAGUGAGAUGGCGAAGGCUCGUGACCCCAUGAUUGGGCAGUUCGCGGAGGUAGUCGACCGGAAGAAUGACCUAAAGCACGGGCCGAGGCUCCUUUACCCGACGAUGCAGUGGGUGGAGUUCGUGUUCGCUCUGGAGACGGGCGAUUUCCAUUUCCUGAAAGACCCGAUGUACCUAGGAGCUUUUCUUUGGGACUUUCCAGCAGAGAUUUUCAAGGUUGUGGGCGAGGAGGAGUAUGUGAAGGAUAUGUGGCGGAAAUGCUGCCCUCCCGGCGUUGACCACGCCGUUUUCUGGGAGUGGUUUAUUUUCGUGGUCGAGAAGUAAGUAUCAUAACUUCCGGAUGGGGGGGUACGCCAAUAGCCUAACCGAGAACUCCUCUCUCAAGUUCACGAAGGCCUCGGUUGCUUUGCGGCAGAAGCUAAACGCACACACCGGCGCUAAAGGUAGGGGGGNGGGGGGGGGG